AUGAAGCUGGCUUCACGUGGCGACGUUACAAUGCCUCAAACCCGGGAAACCGGCUCAGGUGUUCUGACAGAGCUGAUCCAAUUGUCAAGGGACAUUCCUGCCGGAGAUCAUCUUGGCGUGCAUCAAGCCAUCGCCGAGACGGGUAGACCCAAGACAACCGAUUGCCGGCUGAAUCUUGACUAG